AUGCCAUUCGACAUCCAUCAUUUGUUCGGACAAUCAAUCGCGCACAACGAUGGACCUCAUUCAGCGCAUAAGAAGAAGGAGUAUGUUUUCGACAACAAGGUCAUAGGUGCAGGUGGUUACUCGAAAGUGCUCAAAGCAAAAUGGAAGGCUCGCGGAGGAAUGGUCGUAGCGAUGAAGAUUGUAAAGAAAGAAGCAGUUCAGGAUCGCGAAGCGUACUUAAGACUGAUCGACAGUGGAUUUCCUCGGAUCAACAAGCAUCCCAAUAUAUGUGCAGGAUUGGAUUGGUUCGAGACAACAAACAAAUUUUAUGUGACAUUUCCGUUACUUACUGGCGGAGAGCUUUUGGAAAGAUUGAACACGAGAGGUCGAUUCACCGAAGACGCCACUAAAAAGGUGAUGAGAGUGAUGCUUGAUACUCUAGCUUUCAUACAUUCUCAUGGUAUCAUACAUCGCGAUAUCAAGCCUGACAAUUUCCUGUACCGCACUAAAGAAUCUGAGGUGGAUGACAUCGUCCUCAUUGACUUUGGUAUAUCAAAGGUCCUGGAAGAUGAAUCGGAGGACGAUGUUAGAAACCAAUUUGAAGCAGGUGGCACUCCAGGUUAUGCUGCCCCCGAAGUGUUCUGCGGCAUGGGCUAUGGCAAGAAUUCAGAUUUGUUUGGUGUAGGCGUCAUUGCAUAUAAUCUGCUGUCGUCGUGGAGUCCUUGGGAAUCUAUGGAUACCAUGGCCUUAAUACAAGAGACCGCUCAUGCGGGAAUCAACUUUCCCCCCGGACCGUUUGAGGGAGUGUCUGAUCAAGCCAAAGCAUUCGUCAAACACCUUGUGCAACCUCCCUCUCGUCGUCCGAGCGCUAAAAAGGCGUUGCAGCAUCCGUGGCUUGUCGGUCCUGUUGAAGAGGAGGAUCAAGACCACAUCCUCGCUACACAUGAGCUAGAAAACGCUGAAUUGGACCAAGUACAACCCCAUCCCACAUUAAAACCCGAACAUCCCCUUGCUAGACAGAUCACCAACACAUCUGCAUCCGGUAUAAAGGUUUAA